AUGGGGCAGGAUGUUCCUCCAAUUAUGAUGACAUAUAACUCAGCUAGUAAACUGAAAGUAAAUUCUCGUAUCACUCGAGUCCCUGUAGCUAUGAAAUCUCUCGUGAUCCUUCGACCUCGUUUUUCAGAUACAAUUUGCCAACUUGCCAUGUCCCCUCAACGUCCUUCUUCGGAAGACUCGCCUCCCCGCAAAUGCCAUAAAGAGUUAUCGCUGUCAUUUGACUCACCUGAGACCCAACUUACCGUGGAUGGGUGUGUAUCAGAUGGCGGGUUCGAUGGUGACCUUUCAAGCCCUAUUCACCAUUACGAAGAAAUUGAGUCCGAAAUGCACAAAAACAACAGUUCGCAAGUAGAAGUCAAGAAUGCCGAGCAGAGUCUGGACUCAUUAUAUUCCGAUGACAUACCAAGUCAAUUGCCCACUACUAGUCAAAUCGAGUUCACUGCUUCUCAGCAAUCACUGUUAAAUUGGGUCGACAACCUUUCGCAAGCUCAAGCAGAUCAGGAAGCUAUAUACCGGGAAGCAGAACUGAAAUUGCUUGAUAACAGUGGCCCAGGCUAUGGUGGAUACGAUGAACCUUCAAAUAGUCGCCACCACCGUAGCAUUACACCUCCCUGUUCCGAUCCCUGUGUCCCUUGUCGGUCUUCAUCUUCCUUCAACAACCUUGGGCCCCGGGGAUCUCUUGAUGCAAAGGAUAUUAUGUUGGCAUGGUAUCAGCAACGUCUGGACUCACUUGAAAGCAAACUUGCCAUUCACAGGGCUCACUCGGCUCUGUGGCGUCGACUUGUUGGUACUAUGGCGGAACGGGCAAAUGACAUUGGUGCUGUACUUAAUGAUGCUGUUAUGUGGGGCGUCGAUGAGAUAAAUAUGCCACCACUACCACCUGGGUACAUUGAAUUCCAAGAAACAUUGUGA